CCGCCAAAGCCGAACGCUGCGCCGGACGGACUCGUAGCUGUAGCUGAAGCUGAAAGCGCACCCGUGAAGCAGCCACGGCCACAAGAAUCGAGCGGCGCCCGGGAAUUCUCCGCUCCGCUGGAUUAUUCGGCGACGGGACGGAAAAGCGCGCACGGAAAAGGGGCGAGGAAAAAUAUCCCAGUCCGACGUGGCGCCCUGGCCUCUGCCCUUUUUCUUUCCGCCCCUCUUGCCUUCUGGUCGUACGCGCGCCGCAUUUCUUGCCUCCUCUCUUCUUUUCUCGUCCCCUGCCUCCGCCUCCUGCGCGGCAAGCAGUUCUUGUUCUUGGGAAGAUUACCAGGUCGUCGACUCAUCGUUGGGUUUUGGAGCUUGUUCGCCUUCUGUUGUUGCUCAGUUGGCGAGGAGCCAGUGAGCUGAGCUGUAGCUCGGUUUCUGUGGAGAUUUGGCUGUGCUGAUUCAGAAAUCUGGAGAUGGCUCGUUUUCAGGAAAUCAAGGCGAGAUAUGAUCAAAGAUCUGCUGCCGAUCAUGUUGUCCAUGAGAACUUCAUGGAUCAUCUGAAGAAUCCUCUGAACUCCGGUGUUAUGGAUUUGCCAGCCGAAGAACGAGAGCCUAAGGCGCGCAAGCCUUACACGAUGUCGAAGCAAAGGGAGAAAUGGACGGAGGACGAGCACAGGCUGUUCUUAGAAUCCCUGCAGCUCCAUGGCCGCGCCUGGCCACGUAUACAAGAGCACAUAGGCAGCAAGACUACCGUGCAAAUCAGGAGCCAUGCUCAGAAAUUCUUCUCCAAGGUCAUUCGACAAUCCUCUGGUGAUGACAACUGCAUAGCUGCUGCACCACAAAUUCAGAUUCCUCCGCCGCGGCCAAAGAGGAAGCCGGCACACCCGUACCCGCGCAAACUAGGUAGCUCACCCGGCAAGGAUGUCUCUGCACUCAAACAGCUUGAGAAGCCUCAGCUGCAGAUACAGUCCCUAUGUGAGCAGGAGAAUGGGUCGCCAAAAUCUGUGUUAACCACAUCACAGAUAGGGUCAGAUACCUUGGCCAGUGACAGCAGCGGAUCGCCGGCCUUGUCAGUUGACAUGGAGGAAAGAUGCCCCACACCAAGAAUAGCAGCUGUCGAGGUAGCUGCACAAGUGCCACCUUCCAAGGAUGGCAACGGCAAUACUGUUUCCAAGGAUGUGGCGUGUGUAAUACCUGAAGGUCCAGUCCUUAGGCUCUUCGGCAAGAGAGUUGUGGUGAAUGAUUUGCAUCGGCAGCCAAACUCCAAUACUGGGAGCCUACAAAAUGAGGUAGACAUGGAACUGGAUGCUUCAGCUGAGACACCAACUAGUGGAAGUGGGAAUUUCCCUUCCUAUGGUGCAGCAGAAGCAAGCACAUGGAGCCCGUGGCUGACCGGUGCACAGCAGUUUAUGUACUAUCUUCCUCAAGGGGAGGUUUUAUCUGUGCAUUCUGCUUGCCAAUUUUUCAGCUACGAUAAUGGAACCAUAUCUUGCACAGUGUUGAACCCACAGGCAGUUGCCUCAAAUAAGCAGCAAAACCACCGACCAUAUCAAGCUGCAGACUCCAAAUUCAUGAGGGAGGAAGGAUCUUGGAUGGAGUCGAUCACAACCUCCAGCAGCGUGCCUGAAACAACUCAGAAUUCAGAUUCUAUAGAAUCUACACAAGUAAACAACAACGAAGACGAAGUGAUACAUGUUCAUGGUUCAAGAAAAUGUGUCAGCUCAGCUCCAGUUCGCCUUGGAGGUUUUGUGCCAUACAAGAAGUGCGCAGCUGAAAGCAAGAUGCUGCGGUCACAGGCGCAUGACGAGGAUGAAGAUGGAGAGAUGACAAGGCUGUGCUUGUAAUUUUGUUCCUCGCUGCUACUCUGGAUGUUUUGCUGAUGUAGUAUACAAGUCACUAGUACUGAUGUUUUGCAGGAAGAACGUUCUGCUAUUACUUACGAGAGGCAGAUUGAAACCGCUGAAGCAGUCUUCCACAAAUGGACAGUCAGCUGUGGUUCCUGUCUGCCCAUGUAUAGUUCACGACUGAUGUUUCCAUUUUCUUCUUUGCUUGUUUGUAAUUUUCCUCCACCGUUGUAGUGUUGGAGGUUUCAGAGAUCAAUGGUUGUCAUGCAGCAGUA